ACUGGCCUUCCUAUUGGCCAGUACCAAGACUCCAUGGUGACAUCAUCACCCCGGCCACCGUUUUAUGACCACUGUUUAUAUUGCUCUCUCCACAGGUCCCUGCCCCAAAGGGCUCCCCAACUAAUGCAACAAAACAGGGCUGUGCCCAUCCAGAUAGUGCUGCUCGUCCUUGCAACCCACUCUGGGGGUCUCCUCACUAGCUAAACUGAGGCGAGGGUUGAGGCCUUCCCAGCAAUGGUGCCCUGAUAUGGCCCUCCCCAUUCAGGGAGGCAUGGCUGGCCUCGUAGGUCUCUGUUUCCCAUCCUGGGUAGAGAGGUUGCUGUGCAGGCGUGGCAUCGCUGAGCUGGUUUUCACAGGGGCUCUCUGUCUGCUGCUGAGCCGGUUCUUACUCUCCUGGUUGCUUCCAUUUGGGUUGCCACAUAUUGGCAUGGUGUCUUAAUUGUCUGGUUUUGUUUUUAUAAGAAACUGCCGUUUCUUAGAAUUUGGAAGGCAUAAUAUAGAGUUACAAAACUUUAUAUUAAAAGCAAAUAACAUACCCGUCUUCCUCUCUAAAGUCAUCUACAUCUACAUUCAUACAGGCACAUAGCCAAGACAUGAGUGAAAUCAAAUGGACACACUGUGAUUAGUACCGCAGAUUCAAUGAAUCCCACCUGAAUGAAUUCACCUGAGGACAAGAGCGGCUCGUCCUAAUGAACCGGGGUCAGGUGGGGGGCACCAAAAGAGGUGCAGCAGCCUCUCCUUCCUGCCCCACAUUCCGCCCCCCCCCCCGCCUGUGCGCUGCCUGCAGGCUGUCUGUUCAUCAGAGGUAGAGCUGCACGGUUAAUUGUGCCGCUCUACCUGACAGAUGGCCAGUCUGUGGGCAAUGGGGCUCUCUUUAAUGCUGGGAUAGAGUGGGGCGAGAGAGGGAGACGCAAAUGGAGCCCCCCCAGCUCAUUGGGCCCAGCUGCCCCUGCCUGUGGGUGUGCAAUUAAUUGAAUGGAUGGUUCUAAUAAAUCUGUAUACACUGGAUUCCAUUAAUCUUUGGGUUCCUUUAUUUACCUAUGAACAUAUUGAGCCAGGAGGAGGUCCAGUUGUGGUUUUCACCAGCUCGUUUGGUGACCUUUUCCAGGGUUUCCCCAGAAUUUUGGCACAUGCUCGCUCCCAAUCAAAAUUAGGACCUCCCCAUCUCUGGAGGCUUUAAAGAAAAGCCUGAAAACAAACCUGUUUAAUCAAGCUUUAAAUCCAUAGUUCUAAGUUUUGAAGUUCUUAUAUUUUGAAAUGUUUUAAUUGAUUUGAUGUUUUGGUGGUGGUUUGUGCUUUUACAUUGUAAAGCACCCAGAUAUUUGUUUAUGGGGAGGUAUAAAAAUCCAUUAAACAAACAAAUAGAUGAAAAUGAAUAGAUGGAUGAUUGAAAUGGGGGAAGGCUGCAGGGUGGUCCGGGUGCUGAUGCCAUCACGGAAUCUUGGCGCUGGCCAAUGGGGAGGCCAGUUGCAGCGGGAACUUGGGGGGAUUAUUUCUAAAACAGGCAGUUGGAAGAUCAGUUGGAGAAGAGAGCCCAGAGAGGAACCGGGAGCCCGGAAGGGAGGGCCACCUCCAUGAUCUCCAGCCAGGCCGUGAGAGCAGUGAGGCUGGUGGGGAGAAGCGGCUGCCCGGCUGCCCUGAGGGCCACUGCCAAGGGGCUGGGCAGACGUCCAGGCCUCUGGAGCAGCCCUGGGCUUCAAGGGCAGCAGUGGCAGCAGCAAAGGAACUUAUGGCUGCAUGAAUACCUGAGCAUGAAACUCCUGAAGGAAGCCGGCGUGGCUGUCCCAAAGGGCUUGGUUGCCAGGACACCGGAGGAAGCGUACAAGGCGGCCAAGGAAAUCGGCACGGAGGACCUCGUGGUGAAGGCCCAGGGUCCCGUCCUGAUUGGCAGUUCUCAGGGUGGCAUGAAUAUUGAAGAGGACGCUGCAGAGAAUCCGGAGGGGAUCCUUAAGGAGCCUGUUGACAUUGUGGAAGGCAUCAGAAAGGAGAAGGCCCGAAGUUUUGCCCAGAAAAUGGGAUUUCCUCCUAAGCUGGUACAUGAAGCUGCUGAAAAUAUAAUUAAGUUAUACAACCUCUUUAUUAAAUACGAUGCCCUUAUGUUAGAAAUUAACCCCAUGGCGGAAGACACAACGGGGAGAGUCAUGUGUAUUGAUGCGAAGAUAAUUUUUGAUAGCAAUUCGGGUUUCCGUCAGAAGAAACUCUUUGAACUUCAGGACUGGACCCAGGAAGAUGACAGAGACCGAGAGGCUGUGAAUGCUGAGCUCAAUUACAUUGGCUUGGAAGGGAACAUCGGCUGCCUGGUCAACGGAGCCGGCCUGGCGAUGGCCACGAUGGACAUCAUUAAAUUCCACGGCGGCACCCCAGCCAACUACCUGAACGUGGGGGGAGGAGCGACCGUGGAGCAAGUCACGGAGGCCUUCAAGCUGAUCACUUCAGACGAAAAGGUCCAGGCGAUCCUGGUGAAUAUUUUUGGAGGUCUGAUGCGAUGUGAUGUAAUUGCACAUGGUAUAAUCAUGGCGGCCAAAGACCUGGAGCUGAAAAUCCCCAUCGUUAUACGGUUACAGGGUACCCGAGUGGAGGAUGCCAAAGCUGCCAUCAGGGAGAGUGAGCUGAAGAUUCUUCCCUGUGACGAUCUGGACACGGCUGCAAGAAUGGCUGUGAAAAUCUCUGAGAUCAUGACGCUGGCCAAGCAAGUGCAAGUGGACGUGAAGUUCCAGCUGCCAGCCUGACCCAACAGGUCCCCUGGCUCACAGCCCCGCAUGGUCUGGGCCUUUCUGUAACCAACUGUCCUCUGAUCUCUCUCUCUCUCUGUUUUAUGUGUGGAGGUUUUAAUGCCUCAACAAUUGCACAUAGAUCUGAUCUCUGUUUUCAGGGUGAUAUUCCAAAUGACCACUGUUCUUGUUAAGGUAUUGUCUUGCUCAUAUUUAUUCCUGUCCGCGGCUCCAGAAAUUAAGUUGAUUGGUUUGUUCCUUGUCAAAAAGUGCUUAAAGCUGAAACAUGUUUUCUUCCCAAUAAAAAUCUGAAGUUGGUGA